AUGGCCGGGACAUUCACGUCCGGGACCCCUUCGGUCUCUACAUCAACCACAGACGUCACACAGACCGCCCUCAAUAGCGAUUCUGUCGAUAUGAACUUGACCGAGAAACAGAUCGGAGACAGCGACAGCGCUCACUCAAACGAAAGCAAAACUGAAGUCAGAAGUAUUCAAGGCUGGCGAUGGCUCGCAGUCUGUAUAUCAGUCUACAGUACAUGCUUCCUAUACGGACUCGAUACAACUAUCGCGGCGAACAUUCAGGCAAACGUGGUAGAGACAUAUGGUGCAGUUGAGAAGUUGGCUUGGCUUGGAACGGGCUUUUCACUUGGGUCGAUUGCGAUUAUUAUGUUUGUAGGCAAGGCAUUCGGUAUCUUCAACCUUCGCACAUUAUACCUCACCUGUCUCAUCAUGUUUGAGGCUGGCAGCGCCCUCUGUGGAGGCGCACCUAGUAUGAACGCCUUGAUCGUUGGUCGUAUUUGGGCUGGUAUGGGUGGUGCCGGUAUCUAUCUUGGGGCACUCAACACAGUUGCAAUUUUUACUACCAACGCCGAACGAUCCAUUUAUAUUGGUUUGAUUGCGCUCUUCUGGGGCUUGGGAUGUAUCCUAGGACCUAUUAUUGGAGGUGCUUUUGCCGAUAGCGCGGCAACAUGGCGAUGGGCUUUUUACAUCAACCUCGUCAUCUGCGGCGUCUUCGCACCGACGUAUUAUUUCAUGCCAUCCCACGACCCUCAACCCACCAAAUCCUUCCGCAACAAACUCCGCGACCUAGACUGGGUUGGCACAAUCCUCAACGCCGUUGUAUAUGUCACAUUCGUGCUAGCCCUCACCUUUGGAGGCGCAACUUGGCGUUGGGGAGCCGGCGGCACCAUUGGUUUAUUCGUCGCCUUUGGAGUCAGUCUGAUGGUAUUUUCGGUGCAACAGACAUUCUCAAUUUUCACUACGCCAGAGAAUCGUAUCUUUCCGGUUGAUUUGUUACGCAAACCGGUUAUGAUAUUGUUGUAUAUCUCGACGGCCUGUUCCGCGACGGGUUUGUCGUUGUCGAUUUAUUAUAUCCCGGUUUACUUCCAGUUUGCGCAUGGUGAGAAUGGUAUGACUUCCGCUGUACGGUUGCUUCCAUUUAUCGUGUUGUUUGUCUUGUUUGUGAUGCUCAAUUCGAUCAUCAUGCCUCGAACCGGUUGGUAUCUUCCCUGGUUCAUAUUCAGUGGCAUCUUCAUUACCAUCGGUGCGGCGUUGAUGUAUGCACUUGUCGACAGCCAAACCAGCAACAGCGCAAUAUAUGGAUACAGUGUAUUCCUGGCGCUAGGUGUCGGAAGCGCUUGCCAAGCAGCAUAUUCCAUCGCCACUGCUAAAGUUGACGCACACCGUACUUCUGAUGCCGUGGGAUUUAUUAAUUCUGCUCAAAUCGGUUCGAUCACCAUAGCGUUGGCCAUCUCCGGUACGCUUUUCCAGAACAUAGCAUAUCAAAACAUCGCAAAUGCCACAGCGGGUUUGGGAUUCUCGCCGGCUGAUAUCGAAGCUGCGAUUGCCGGGGCAAAGAGUGUUAUUUUUAGUGACACGACGGCUGAAGUGAGGGCAGCUGUUAUCGAGGGCGUUGUUAAUGCCAUCCGAGACGUGUAUGUCAUGGCCAUUGCUGCCGGAGCAUUGGGUACUGUCGCGGCGUUUUUGCUUCCUCGUGAAAGACUGUACAUGGAGAUGACAGCGGGUGGUUAA